AUGGCUGCUGAGGAAGCCCAAGCGGCACAGGCGAAGUGCGGCAGUUGUGGCUUGGAGUAUUCCCAAGAGGAAGGUCGUCUACAUGGACGAAACUUCAAGUGUGGCAAUUGCAAGAAUGUGGAGCAGACGUUACGGCGUCAUCUUGGCACCACCGCAGACUUGCAAGAGUUCUCCCAAGAGGAGAGUGAGAAGUUCUUUAAGGCGACACAUGCCGCCAAAUCUCCGGACGGAAAGCUUGCUUGGCAAACCAUCCGGGCGAUCCUGCUGAAGCGCAUGACCGAAGUGAGGAUUAGGUCCUUUGAGAGCAAGGUCGCGGUGGAAGAACUUACUUUGUCCGUGCUGCUGACGCGUGGAUGGGAGGAACAGGUGGUGCGGAAAUUUCCUUCGGAGGUUUCCGAAGCCCAUGGCUGCGAGCUGUUCAAGGUGCCAGUGCGGACCUGCACAUGGGCGGAAGCUUUUCAAAGGUCGGAGGAAACUAUUCUGGAAAGGGAAAAGCAAGCAAGCAAAAAGAAGGGGAGCAAAGACAUGGACGUGCCUCUCGCUGGCCCAAGCGGCAAGGAGGAAGCGGAUUCGAAGAAGGCUGACCGCAAGAAAGCCCAAGAGGCUAAGAAGGUUGUCACCGAGAACGUGAAGAUUGCAACCUGGGCGGCCAAGUGCCUCGGACCUCUGACCCAAGCGGAAACCUCCCUCACCAAGGUGAUUGCCAAGGGAGACACAGUGCCGGAUGCGGACGAGAAGGCCCUGACACUGUGUAAGGACAAUCUGGUCACGGUGACCGGUUGGAUCAAGGCGGCUAAGGAAGCGGUGUCCAUGCAGGAUCACAAUAAAGAGAAAGAGGAAGAGGCCCAGGUGGCCUUAGUUUCCUUGCCCUGCGACGCAACUGACGUCAAAGUGCUUCUCAAACAAAUUGCGGAAGCUACGAAAGCCCUACGCGGGUCCUUCCCAAAGCCGAAGGCUAAGGCCAAAGCGGUUGCGGGAGCAGAGGCGUCUGCGCCGAAGCGUCGCAGGAUCAAACAAAACCCGAUCGACGAUGGCCCGGGUGCGCAGUUCCGCGCUCUGCGACAGUUGCCAGGUGUCAGCCAAGAGCUGGGGCGAAACAUCGUGUCGCUAUUGCGAGAUGAUGACAGAGGAAAAGGCGUCUGCAAAAGAAAAAAGGAGAUUGCCCCAGAGGCAUGCGGGAUUCAAGUUCGUCUACGGGACGAAGGCAAUCCCGAGAUCGAAAUUGACGCCUUGCUCCGCAACAGAAAUGAGCUCACGUUAGUCCUAGCCCAAGAUGAAACGACCCCAGGCAACGUUCUCUCGAGUCGUCCAGCAAGAAAAACUAAUUGGAUCUUUGCAUCUUUCUUAGAGAUAGAGGCCUUAUGGAUUGAUAGCAUGUGGUUGCCUGUAUCCUGCAUCCUUGCAAAGGAGGCGCAAGACGCCAAAUAUUCCUAUGUGGAAUACACGCGUGUGGUGCUACGGCAUCUCCAUGGCGAGGUGCAAAAUGGCUUUGCACUGGAUGCAUCGGAAGGACCCGUGCUUGUCUUUCUACCCAAAAUAAUUCUAUUGGGGGAUCACGAAGCCUUACGGGCUCUGUCGGGGGCCAAGGGCUCCAGUGGCGCUAAGCCAUGUCUCAAAUGCUGCAAUAUCUUGAGUCAAAAUCGACAUAUACCCCCUUUGCACGCUUGCAUCACGGAGGCCAACAGCGCCAACUUCCUCCCUCAGACUGGAGAAGGACUUCGUGAGAUUCUGCGGCAUUUUGAGUCGUGCAGGACGAAGAAGAGUUUGCAAGAGGCAGAAACAGCUCUAGGCUGGAAUGCAGAGAUGUUGCGUCGAUCAGUUGUCACUGAUGCCUUCUUGAGUGGCUGGGUUACAUUGCAAUCCUUUUACUUCGACAGCAUGCACCAGUACUGGUCAUGUGGGCAAGUUGCGCAGGAGCUGGGUCUUUGGUACACGCGUCUUGCCGAUUGCCACAUUACCUUGGACGCGCUGCGUGCAUGGGUCGCUAUUGGUUGGAAAGAUUUAGGGCGUACGCCGCCCAUGCAUUUGUUCUCUGACAAAAUGUUCAAACGCGACACAGACUAUCGCGGAGACGCGCAAGCGUGUCUGGUGGUAUUCCCACUCUGCUGGGCAUAUAGCAUGGAAAUCUUAAAUGGCCGCUCUGACGUGGCUCAAGCUAUUGCUUCCCUGAAUGCCCUCUACGCUGUGACGCAAGUCAUCCAUGAGAUGAAAAGGCAGCCACGAGCUGUGGAGCAGUUAGAGCCAUUGCAACAGGACCACAUGGAGAAAUUUCGUUUAGCGUACGGUUCGGAGCAUGUGCGUCCCAAAGUUCACUUCUCGCGGCACUUGCGUGAACAAGUUGAGGCUUGGAAACGUCACAUCGAUUGCUUUGUGGCCGAGCGUAAAAAUAAACUAUUCAAGCGCCAAAUUGCGCCGCGUUUGAAUCGGUUGUCAUCUUUCUCUGCCAGCGCGUUGAUGGAGCUCACCCAAUCUGAACUCAACACCGCCCAUGUGGUGGACCGGCUUAUCGGCCAAUUGGUUGGGAAGGGAAAGCCACAUCUGGAAUGGGCCAAAGAAGUCCAUGUGACGCCAGACGCUCUCUUUGCUACGGGCAUCGAAGUGGGGUGCGUGGAGUUCCUACGUGGACAUUUCCUCGUCUUGCACCCCACUCUCUGCCUUGAAAUUCAUCAUGGCAUGAAAAUCCAAGAAAACCAUUACCUGGUGGUUGAAGAAUGGCUGCCCUACGAGGGCCGGCCUACACCAAACUGCCAGCAGUGGCGCCGGAAUGCGCGCGCGAGCAAGUACGUCUUGCCGGCGCACAAAAUGAAAGGCCACGAGCCAUUGCAUCUCAUGCGAAAGGAGCAUGAAAUUGUCUGGCUGCUGCGAUGA